GAGCAGCAGUAUUUUGGGGCUAUCAGCCCCCACACAGAGCUGCCCUUCUCUGGUAGACAGGAUGACUUAGGUCCAUGAGCAGUUUGGGAUCACAAAGGUGAUAAACAUCUUGGGAUGGGAACACACUACAUUGGAGAUGGCAUGGGAGAUUUUAUUGUGACAUCCAGCUGCCUGCUCUGUGACUUUGGUCACAGAUGAGUUGUAACGGCAUCACUUUCUCCAUCUGUACAGUGACAGGCUGUGGUUGGCUUACAUCAUCAAUGACUGGAACGCUCUGGGACAGUCAGAUGAGGAAUGGUUAAGGCUUUGGAGGUAAUAUUUCAGUAAUCGCAUUGCCAGUUUCCAGCACCAACUCUCCGACUAAGAUUUUGCCAAAAACCUUGGGACCAAUCAAUGUGAAUGUUGGACCCCAAAUGAUCAUAAGCACACCACAAAGACUGACCAGUUCAGGGAGUGUUCUGAUUGGGAGUCCGUAUAACCCAACUCCAACAAUGGUCACACAGACACACAUAACAGAAGCUUCCGGCUGGGUCCCAGGGGAGCGAAAACGGACUCAAGAAAUUAUAGAGUCAGAUUUUUCAGAAAGUAAGAGAAGCAAGAAAGGAGAUAAAAAUGGGAAGGGUCUGAGGCAUUUUUCAAUGAAAGUUUGUGAAAAAGUUCAACGUAAAGGAACAACUUCAUACAACGAAGUAGCUGAUGAACUCGUUUCAGAAUUCACAAAUUCUAACAGCCACCUAGCAACAGAUUCACAGGCUUAUGAUCAGAAAAAUAUUAGACGGAGAGUUUACGAUGCCCUCAAUGUCCUGAUGGCAAUGAACAUAAUUUCAAAGGAGAAGAAGGAAAUUCGAUGGAUCGGCCUUCCUACAAACUCAGCUCAGGAAUGUCAGAAUCUAGAGAUAGAAAAACAGAAGCGGAUUGAAAGGAUAAAACAGAAGCGAGCCCAAUUGCAGGAACUGCUACUGCAGCAAAUAGCAUUUAAAAACUUGGUACAAAGAAAUCAGCAAAAUGAACAGCAAAAUCAAGGCCCUCCAUCUUUGACCUCGACAAUACAGCUGCCUUUCUUAAUAGUCAACACUAGCAAAAGAACAAUUAUAGACUGCAGCAUAUCAAGUGAUAAAUUUGAAUACCUCUUUAAUUUUGAUAACACUUUUGAGAUUUAUGAUGACAGCGAGGUGCUGAAAAGAAUGGGAAUGUCCUUUGGGCUUGAAGCAGGCAAAUGCUCAGCUGAGGACCUAAGAACUGCAAAAUCACUGGUGCCAAAAGCUUUAGAAAGCUACAUCACAGAUAUGUCUGCAGGAUUUUCAUGGAUAAACCAAGGGUUACUUUCAAGUCCAGCACAAGCAGUUUCCCAUUUCGAGGCAGCUGGAGGCACUUAUGAUGCUAAAUCAAGUGAGAAUCCAGGGUUGUGUUUGGAUGCUGAAGUGGCCUUAGCAACUGGGCAGCUUCUUGCCCCUAGCAGUCAGCAGUCCAGCAGUGCAGCAUCCCGGGGGGAGACACCCUGUUCCUUCAACGAGGAGGAUGAAGAGGAUGAAGAUGAGGAUUCUUCCUCCCCAGAAUGAGGACAGUAGAAAAUGGAAUAUACAAAAUGCUGCUCAAAUAUUCUUAAUGGGAGUUCCUGUUUGGAUUUUACUGUUUUCUUGCCUUGGUUUGCACUGUGUUUGGUGAACCACAAUGGAAGCUUCAGAACAAGUUUAUCCAUAGCUGAAAUUGAAGAAUUGUAUAACUGAACACAGAGUGACAUGCAGAGGCAGAGCAAAGUGGGUUUUAUAAACUAUAAACAAGGAAAAGAACAAAGUCCCUGGACAUGUGGCAAAGUAAACCUUAAAAUCAUAUUUUCCAUUUUGGAACUCAAGUCUCUGUCUUCCCCUUAUCUUUUUCAUAUGGAGAAGAAAACAGUCAGUCAGUAAAGGCCAAUGCUUGCAUUGUCUUUUGGCCGUGCUGCCUUUAGAAAAAAGGGGAGCGAGUACAUGCAAAUGUGCUGAACUUGUUAUUUAAAACUAUAAAAGUAUGAAAGUGGUUAUAGGGAAAAGGGGCUGUUAAAAUGUUUGGGUUUUUUUCUGUUCAACUUGCUGUAUAGAAGAUUCUUAAAGUAAUAUAAAUUGCAAGUGAUUAAAUGAAUCUUGAAAUAGUUUAUAUCCAUUUUAGAUACUCUAAAAGUAACAUUAGUAUAAAAGGUUCAUAUGUUCAUUUUUAUUGCAGGCCUAAUUUAUUAUAAGUGAUUAUUCUUAGCCAUUAUUAAAACAGUCAGGAAACAAACAGUAUUCUCUGCACCAGCUUUUUUCAAGGAAAAUAAGUAAAAAAAUUGUAUUUCUAGAUUAAAGAGUAUUCAGUGUAGCUUCUCCUUUACUGUUCUAACUUUAUAUAAUCCCUUUGAUGUUAGAGCAUGUCUUGUUUGUUUUAAAAAGCCCUCCUACCAUGUUAAAGAUCUCAGGCAGCAUGUUUUCAAGGCAGUCUUUUCAAAUUCGGGGUGGGCAAGUCACAUAACUUUUAAAGUCAUAGGCUGAGGUUCUUAGGGGAAAAAAUAAAAUUUCAACAAUACAUCAUCUCAUGUUUUGCAUUCUGGUCAGCUUUGAUUCUGACAGACUUUCUGAUCAGUAACUUCAGUUGCAUUUACCUUGAUGCAUCUUUGAAAGUUGUAUCAAACCACUAAAAAUAAUCUAGCUCAAGUUACCCAACACAUAUCCCAUGUGAAUUGUUAAAUUAGACUUGAAGCAGGAGACUGUGUUUUCCAUAGCUAACAUCACAUCCAAUCAUAAAGAUCUGUAAAAAAACCUUGAAUAUCAAUGCAAAAUACACUGUAGAUGUACUCUUCCCGUGGUGUUCCAGCGCCCAGGACUUUGCCUAGCCUCUCUUUUUCAUGAGGUGAAUCUUCCCAGGUUUUGCACUGACUCUAGGAGGUUGCCCCAAGUCUCAGCUGUGUGAGGCAGCUGUCCUGGCUCUGUUCCUGCACUGGGGAAUGGGGCAGCUUGUGCUGUGGCUCACCUGAGCAAUGGCAACAGCUACCCCUGGGCUGCUGGCAGCAUCACUCACAGCCUGAGUUGUAUCCAUGUCAUGUCUUACAGCCAAACCUGCACUCACUCAGGCCAGCAAGAUCCAAAAGUACCAAGCCUGAGCUACAGAGAGAAAAUGAGGCUCCAGCUCAAGAGCUGUGCAGGAAUUAGCAGAGGGCUGGCUGCUCCCAGGACAGGUAAAACUGUGAGUAGACAAGCACCACCCCAUGUUUAAACUAAAGCAUCAGAUAGAAAUGUCUCACAGAUAGUUCCUGCACCUGAGGAGAACCUGAGCAGUACCCUGCACCAGAAUGUAGGUAGGGCUCUUGACUGAACUAUCUGUUUCACACAAAUGAAUGGCAAAUGCACAAACUAAAAUGCCUACCAUGGUAUUCACCCUUGGGGCAAGACUGUUAAGACCAUCCUGUGCUCAUGGCUCACAGGCAACAGCAGAGACUUUAAAGACUGAGGCUUUACACCCCCUCACUUCCACUGAAUCUGUAACACUACCUCAAUACCAGAAAAGCUUUACAGAAACAAAAGAAUAUUCCUGCUGAGAGAGUCAAUGCAUUGAGCCAAGUGGCUCACUUUUGAAAUGGGGGAAGAAGGGAACAGGUACUCCACACAUAUUACUAUGGAAUUGUCAGCUUCACGAUUUAAACAGAUCGUCACUUUCAUUCCUAAAAAACCCAUUACUUUUUCAAAAACUGCCCUGUCAGCCAGCUUUCAUUGGAGAGGGCAGAUCAAAGAUAACUUAGAUAUGCAUGGUCCUAAGGAAUUCUUUUAAGAGGGAAAUAUCUUCCAAAGUAGUUACACCUUCCUCCCCCCAACAAUAUAUUAGGGACACAUUUAACUUUACACUUUCUUCACACUUCUCACUCAAGAUCUGUGUAAAAAAAAAACCAAACAAACAGCAAAACACUAAUCAGUUCCUAAAGAGCAGCACUUUGAACUAUAAAAACCUGGAAAAAAAAGGCUUCCAGCCCAGAAAUGGAAUGUAUUUUAUUAGCAAGUCAGUAGGCUUUCUGCUUUAAAGGGGGAAGAUCUUCAAUGACACCUUUCCUCCACUGAUGUCUAUGUCCUUCAAAGCUGCAGCCUGCACAGCUGCUUGCUUUCUGGCAAACAUCAAACUGCCAAAUUUAAAGGUAAAAAGUAAAAAAUAUGGGAGCACAUAAUAUUUAUUUGACAGUUGAACCAAGCCUUUGAAAGUUGGUUUGUUUGUUUUUUCCUGGACUAGUUGAAUACAAAGGACAAAACAAGUUAGAACAUUUAGAAGAGACUUCAAAAGUAAAUUCUUUCCUUGGGCUUCUUUGUGCCAAAUACCAGUUAAGGAUGAAGUUCACCUGAAGCACAGCAGUCCUGUGGCUACACUAAAGUCUGGGAACUAGGAGAAUUUGGGGCCUUAUCCAGCUACAGUCACUUGUGUAUGACCUCAGGUAAACCUUUCAAUCAUUCCUGGUGAUCUUAGCUGCCAUAUUUAAAAAAAACAAAACACACACACAAAAACCACAAACCAAGACAGGUAAAUGCAAGACCUCACUAAAGGCAGCUGCUGCAAUUGUGAGUAAGGGAGUUGAGAAUAUUAACAAACCACAGAGCUCUCAUUAAGCUCACGGCAGUGUUUGUGCUCAGCUGCUUCAACACACAGGCCCUCCCUCCUGUUGAGAGCCAGCAAACACUUUCCACAAUAAAAUAGACAUGGCCAAGAUUGAUUUUCCCAUUUUCUGUUCAGCUCACAUCAUCAUCUCCUGUCUCGUGCAAUAUCCCUCAUAUUCAUUGACAGGAAUCAAGCAGCAACUGGUACUAGAUCAUACUUCAUAUAAGAAAAAGUCAACAUUUAAAUUUCCAUGCAACUUAAAUGUAAGAUAAAUUUAAGAUAUUUCCAUGUCUUGGAACACUCUAUCUUGGUUAUACAUUUAGGAGGCACUUGACUGCAAGCAAUAUAAUGCUGUAUGUAAAUGCCUUUAUAACUAUAGUGCAGUGAACAACUUUAUUUCUGGACUGACUUUGUGGUGCUUAAAAAAUCUAAAUUUGACUUAGAAAAACUUGUCAGCUCCGCUAUCUAGAUGAAAAAGUAUGAGAUGAAAAACUAUGAGUGGGAGACAGCAUUUUUCUAUUAUGUGGAAAUCUGACAAUGUUUGUGAAUUCUGAUAUUUAAAAUUGCAUUAAUAUGUACCAGUCUUCUCAUUUCCACACUGGAAUUAACGCCAACAAUCCAUGCAAUCUCAGUGUGUGUAUCCAGUAAACACCACCAGUUCAACUGAAGAUAUGACUUAAACUAACACCAGUACCAGUACUAAACCCAGUACAAGCCCUACUGUAGGUGUUUCCAUUUUGGUUAAAGGGUUUUAAUUUUUAAACUACAGUUUGAAAAUAAUCCUAAAUCCUUUUGAGCAGCUGGAGAUUGCCAAGGAUACAGAAUUACCACAGAAGGGUUUCUGCUGAUCAACUAUGUCAGCCUGAAGUAACAUUAUGUAAAAAGGCCUAAUAACCAAAUAUUAACCCUUUUGUUUUUUUAAAGAAAAACGAGGCAUACAUGUUCAUCCAUUAAAUGAUGCUUGAAUUUAGAAUUCCACAGUUAAGGUUUAAAAGCUCAAGUGCUCUUUCUUUAGACCAAUCCACCAUUUUAAUUCAAGAGUAUGGCUGAAACUUAACCAUAUUUGAACUCUGGGGAAUACUCCUUUUUGUAGUUAACUGGCCCUUUUCAGCUGAAAAUAAACCAGGCAGUUGAUUGUAAAGACUUUCCUUUUAGUGAGGGAGAGGCCAAGGACCUGUUUAUGGAGGUUUGUUCUUUAAAAUGUGACACUUGAAUUCUGGUCUCUGACUGCAAGCAAUGCAGCAAUGAAUCAUUUGUGGACACCACACACCUACCUGAACACAUGAACAGCUCUAAAGACUUAAUUUUCUGCUGGCAGGUGUUCACACAACCCAAUCCUAAUACCAUGAAACUUCAUGAAACUCAUUCCUUAGAUUUAACAAAGUUCCCAAAUCUGAUAAUCUCUUCCCUGUUUUGCUGUUAGGAUUUUUUCUGGUGAGUAUUUUUAAGAGGCUGUGAAUAACUGUCCUCCCCCCAGUCCAGGUAUAUUGCCAAAAAAUACCCAUAACCAAUGUUACUCCCCUGUGUUCAUUCCAUCUGCAAAGGAUUACUGUCCUUUCAAGUCACUGCAGAGCUGUGUGUGCAAGAAGCCCCAGUUCCUUCGUCUGAUUGCCUGAGGUGGCAUCCAUGGAUCCCUCCCCAGCUGGCACUGACAGUGAGGGAGGGAGUGCUCAUUAAAACAGUAUGCCAGUAACUGAAGGGAGGGGCUGUUUAUUGCAGCUGUUCAGAGAUCAUAAAGUCACUCUACCUUUAAACACCUUAUCUGCCCA